AUGGUCGUCGUCGGCGCCGACCCAGUCACUCAACGCACCUGGUACCUUUCCAAAGCUCUUCUCAUCCGUCACUGCACUCACCUUGCUGAGAUCUGCACAAAUCCUUUCCUCACGUCGGUCACCCUCGAAGACGUGGACAUCCGGGCCUUCACCAACUUCGUGGACUACAUGCGCAGUAGUAUCUACACGCUCAACGAACAAAUUCCCGGAUACCGCCGCGUACACGAAGGCAUCAAAGCAUGUUUGAUAGGCCAGAAACUAGGCUGUAUGGCUUAUAGCAACGCGGCAAUCAUCAGCUUGCACAUGGGCUUCGAGCCGCUGGCGCAAUUGAAGACAAGCAACAAGCGCCUGUCUACCAUCCGCGCCGAAGAUAUCGACUUUGUCUGCCGUAACACAAACAAGGACGAAAACAACAACGACCUCUGCAAGGGUCUGAGGCAGCUCUUCCACGACGCGGUCGCAAGCCACUGGUCAAACUGGGAAGUGAACAAGCUGACGGGUCAUCACGAUGAAUACAUGGGCGACUGGACGGAGUUGUGUGUCAAUUACGAUGACUUCAGGGUUACGCUGCUUGCAAGCUGCCGCACCUCGGACGCACAGAGGCACGCUUUGUUCAAGCCUGUGAACCAGUACUUGAGCGUUGAGAAGCGAAAGGUCGACGAAGAAGCAACAGUCAAGGUGGACAGCCCGGGCUGCAUCCCUCGGCGUCAUCGGCGAUCGCAGGCCUGUAGCGACUCCGAAGCGUGUUCUUUCUGGGAGAGAGCUGAGGCAGGGAUCGUGAAUACGGGCGCCACGCAGAACGGCGAUGAGGACGCUCUUGGGCGGGAAGAGACUGGAGAGGUUCGAGCGCGUGAUGGAAAUGGUUGGACGAUGGUAAAUGGUGCGACCAAGAAGAAGGCAUAG